CCACGCCAGACGGGCGAAACAGAUGAGGCAGGUGUCAUCGGACACAUGCCUCGAGAUCAAGGAUAAUGGCAAGGUCGAUGGCGGCGACACUAUACCUGGAGCAGAUUACCGAGGAAGAAAUCAUCAGCGACCGUGUCGAGACCUCGACCACCAACAGUCUCAGCCCGAGCUCACCUAGCGAGACCCGAGAGCUGCUGCAGAAUGCGCGGUACUCGAAGCAGAAUGGAAAUCCGCAGCAGGUUCAUCCGCCGCUUUAUGUCUCUAAGAUCUAGACGAUAGGAUCG